UAAAAAAGAAAAUAAAAAUAAACUCAGAGAGCCUCAAGUUUCAGCUUGCGGCUAAGAUUUAAAGUCAUCAUCAACAAUUUGAGAGAGAUUCGUCUCUUUAAUAUCUGAAACCCUUCCCUCUAUAUAACUCCACACGAAGAUUUUCUAAUCUCUGCCUGAAAAUGUCGAUACACUUUGCUUUCUAUCUUUAAUUUUUCUUUUCUUGCGUGUUUUUUUCUCGGGAAAGGGUCUCCGGGAAAAUCUGAUGGACGCAGCUUCAAGUUUUCUGUGCAGAAGCAUUCGGAUUCCCUCGACGGCGUUCACCUUCACUCGGCCGCCGGUGAAUUACGUCUGUCUCGUCUCCGAUAAGAGAGACGGCGUUCGCGUUUUCCCGACGCGGAAGGUCUUUUGCAGCGGCGGUUCUAGUGCGACGAAGAGGAAGCCUCGAAGGAAAAGUAAUGUUUCCGAUAAACUUAGGCCUAGGAGAGUGGAGAAGAGGAAGGAUACUGAAUCUGUGAGUGUUAGUAGUGAAACUGUUGUGGAGCAACCGAAGGAGAAGAGCAAAGAGUUGAGUCUCCGCGCUUUGAAUCAAAACGGUGAUCCCUUGGGGCGGAGAGAUCUAGGGAGGAACGUCGUGAAGUGGAUUAGCCAAGCCAUGAAGGCGAUGGCCUCUGACUUCGCAAACGCGGAGGUUCAGGGUGAGUUCUCGGAGCUAAGGCAGAACGUUGGUUCCGGUUUGACGUUUGUGAUUCAAGCUCAGCCCUAUCUCAACGCCAUUCCUAUGCCACUCGGCCUUGAGGUCAUCUGUAUGAAGGCUUGCACCCAUUAUCCUACCUUGUUCGAUCAUUUCCAGAGGGAGUUGCGUGAUGUUCUUCAAGACCUUGAGAGCAAGAACGUCAUGGAGAAUUGGAAGGAGACUCAGUCUUGGAAGCUGCUCAAGGAGAUAGCUAAUUCAGCUCACCAUAGAGAGGUUGCUCGCAAAGCUCAUCAACCAAAGCCAGUUGCUGGAGUUUUUGGGAUGGACUCAGAGAAGGUGAAGGCUAUACAAGCAAGGAUUGACGAGUUCACCAGCCGCAUGUCGCAGUUACUUCAAGUGGAACGAGAUACGGAACUGGAGGUUACACAGGAGGAACUAGAUGUUAUCCCUACUCCAGAUGAGAGCUCUGAUUCCUCCAAACCGAUCGAGUUCUUGGUUAGGCACGGUGAAGCUCCCCAGGAACUUUGUGACACAAUUUGCAACUUGUAUGCAGUUAGUACCUCCACAGGUCUCGGAGGUAUGCACUUGGUGUUGUUUAAGGUUGGGGGCAACCAUCGUCUACCUCCUACAACACUUUCCCCUGGUGACAUGGUUUGCAUAAGAAUUUGUGACAGUAAGGGUGCUGGAGCAACUUCUUGUACGCAGGGGUUUGUUCACAACCUUGGAGAUGAUGGGUGCAGCAUUGGCGUUGCUCUAGAAUCUCGUCAUGGAGAUCCUACUUUCUCCAAGCUCUUUGGAAAGAGUGUCAGAAUUGAUCGUAUUCAUGGGUUGGCCGAUGCUCUCACUUAUGAGCGUAACUGUGAAGCCCUAAUGCUUCUGCAGAAGAAUGGGCUGCAGAAGAAAAAUCCAUCAAUUUCUGUAGUGGCGACAUUAUUUGGGGACGGGGAAGAUAUCACAUGGCUGGAGCAGAAUGAUUAUGUAGACUGGAGUGAAGCGGAGUUGAGUGAUGAGCCAGUGGGAAAGUUAUUCGACGAUUCCCAACGGAGAGCCAUAGCGCUGGGAGUAAACAAAAAGAGACCUGUUAUGAUAGUUCAAGGACCUCCUGGUACUGGAAAGACUGGAAUGCUCAAGGAGGUCAUCACCCUAGCUGUUCAGCAGGGAGAAAGAGUACUUGUAACAGCACCUACUAAUGCAGCUGUUGAUAACAUGGUCGAGAAGCUCUCACAUCUUGGGCUAAACAUUGUCCGAGUCGGAAAUCCUGCAAGAAUAUCAUCCGCUGUUGCUUCAAAGUCUUUGGGGGAAAUUGUGAACUCCAAGCUCGCAAGCUUUCGAACAGAACUGGAAAGGAAGAAGUCAGAUUUAAGAAAAGAUCUUCGGCAAUGCCUGAGGGAUGAUUCUCUUGCUGCUGGCAUUCGACAGCUUUUGAAACAGCUUGGAAAGGCGUUGAAGAAGAAGGAAAAAGAAACUGUGAAGGAAAUACUAUCAAAUGCACAGGUUGUUUUCGCCACUAACAUUGGAGCAGCUGAUCCUUUGGUUAGGAGGUUGGAAACAUUUGAUUUGGUUGUUAUAGAUGAAGCUGGUCAGUCUAUCGAGCCUUCAUGCUGGAUUCCAAUAUUGCAAGGGAAACGUUGUAUUCUUGCUGGUGAUCCAUGCCAAUUAGCACCAGUUGUUCUAUCACGUAAAGCUUUGGAAGAUGGGCUUGGUGUAUCCUUACUGGAACGAGCUGCAUCUUUACAUGAUGGGCUGCUUGCGACAAAGUUAACAACUCAGUAUCGUAUGAAUGAUGCAAUAGCUGGCUGGGCGUCAAAGGAGAUGUAUGGUGGAUGGUUGAAAUCUGCUCCAAGUGUGGCCUCUCAUCUGCUUAUCGAUUCUCCCUUUGUGAAGCCUACUUGGAUAACGCAAUGCCCGCUGCUUCUUCUCGACACAAGAAUGCCAUAUGGGAGUUUGUCGAUGGGCUGCGAGGAGCGUCUAGAUCCAGCUGGUACAGGCUCAUUAUACAAUGAAGGAGAAGCAGAUAUUGUGGUUAAUCACGUUAUCUCGUUGAUUUAUGCAGGGGUUAGUCCAAUGGCCAUAGCCGUCCAAUCUCCAUAUGUUGCUCAGGUGCAGCUACUCAGGGAAAGGCUGGAUGAUUUUCCAGUUGCUGAUGGAGUUGAGGUCGCAACCAUUGACAGCUUUCAAGGACGGGAGGCUGAUGCAGUGAUCAUAUCAAUGGUACGGUCCAACAACCUAGGUGCAGUGGGAUUCCUAGGGGAUAGCAGAAGGAUGAACGUAGCCAUAACAAGAGCCCGGAAGCACGUGGCGGUGGUAUGUGAUAGCUCAACAAUCUGCCACAACACGUUCCUUGCAAGGCUGUUGCGUCACAUACGCUAUUUCGGAAGAGUGAAACAUGUGGACCCAGGUAGCUUGGGUGGUUCAGGACUAGGCUUGGACCCGAUGUUGCCUUACCUUGGCUAAACUCCGCCAAACAUACAAAGUACUACCAACAACAAGAAAACCAAAAACUUCUUUUCUCUCUCUUUCUAUCUUGGUGUAAUAUGUUUCCAUGGCGAGUUGUUCCUUGUACAGGAAAAUAUUUGUUUUCAGUUGUCGUUACCACAGAAAGUAAUCUGUAUAUGAAAAGACUGAAAUAUUCGUUUUGUCGUCAACAUUAGUAUGAAUUUUGGCC